GAGACGCAUCAUGCCACAUUCCGGCGCACUGUGCUGUGUGUACUUUUUGACGCUCCUGAGCCCGGUUGUGACCAUCACCGUGGACGUAGAGGUGUUAGCGUUCCUGCCACAGAACAACUCCUACCCGUUCUCGCACGCGCGAGUUGCACCCGCCAUCUCCUACGCGCAGCGGCGGCUGAGGGCGGACGGCGGACGGUUCUCGGAGUUCCGCUUCAACGUCCAGUUCGAGGACUCCGACUGCGCGAACGGUGCCCUGUUCGCGCUGGUGGACAGGUCGUGCGCGCGCAAACCCGACCUGAUCCUGGGUCCCGUGUGCGAGUACGAGGCGGCGGCGGUGGUGAGGCUGGCAUCCCGUUGGGACAUCCCGGUGAUCUCGGCAGGUGCCCUGGCCGCGGGGUUCGGCGACAAGCAGGGCGAGUACUCCCACCUGACCCGCAUCGCGCCGCCCCACGUGAAGAUGGCGGAGACGUUCGCCGCGAUGUUCGAGCACUUCACGUGGAGGAGCGCGCUGCUGGUGUACGAGGACGACAAGGAGGAGCGGAACUGCUACUUUACGCUGGAGGGGGUCUACCACCUGAUGGCCGACUUCAACAUCAAGACGUACUCCUUUUCGCCGGAGGAGCGCGUGGACACCGACGACAUCCUCCUCAACGUCCAGGACACCGAAGUGGUGAUCAUGUGCAUGGGAGCGGACACAAUACGAGAGAUCAUGCUGGCUGCACACAGACAACAACUGACCAACGGCAAUUACAUGUUCUUUAAUGUUGAACUCUUCAAUGCCUCUUCUUAUGGCAAUGGCUCAUGGAAGAGAGGAGAUAAAUAUGACAACGAUGCAAGGCAAGCCUUUGCUUCUCUGAACACUGUGACACUGCUCAGGACUGUCAAGCCCGAGUUUGAAAACUUCUCCAUGGAAAUGAAAAAGUCCAUUGAAAAAGCUGGGUAUCAUGACUGCAAAGACUGCGGAAGUGUCAACAUGUUUGUUGAGGGAUUCCAUGAUGCCAUGUGGCUGUAUGCCAUCGCCUUGCAUGAAGCCAUGAAAAAUGGAUACAGCAAGAAGAAUGGAACAGAGAUCACCUCACGCAUGUGGAACAGAACUUUUGAAGGGAUCGCUGGCCAGGUAUCUAUGGACGUCAAUGGUGACAGAAAUGGGGAUUUCUCUUUGAUGGCGAUGACGAAUGUUGAAGCAGGAACCUAUGAGGUGGUGGCCAACUACUAUGGUAAAAAUGGAACCUUUCAGCUGCUGCCUGCCUUCAACACGGACCAUUUCACCCUGAAAGGAAGACAUAUAGCAAAGAAAGAGAUACCGGACAAAUCAUGUGGACUAGGAGUAUCAGCUUUGACUGGAGUCAUAGUGGGAGCUGUUCUGGGAACUGCCAUGCUUAUAGCAUUCUACUUUUUCAGAAAAAACUACAGGAUUACCAUUGAGCGUCGCACGCACAGGGAAGAGUGCGACACUGGGAAGCACCGUCAGUUACGUGAGGACUCCAUCAGAUCAAACUUCUCAGCAGCGUAAUCGGCGGCAGCGUCAGCCCCUCCCCCCUCCCAGAGAAUUACACAUCUGAAUGUGACCAAAGACUUUGCAAUGGUUGUCAGUGGAGCCAUGCUGUUUUUUAGUGUUUGUAUCCUUUACUGUUUUGACUUAUUGUAACUCAGGACAGUUUUAACAGUCACAAAGCACCACUUACUUGGAUUGUCCUCCGUACAAAAGGUAUGUGAUUGUAUUGGUGUAUAGAAAGCUUUGGCCAUAAUGUUCUUUGAAGGUUCUAUAUACGAUAUUUAGAGAAUAAAUAUAGCAGCAAACAUCUAUUUGCUGUGUAAAGAUAAAAGGAAGUAAUGGCGUCCUGAACAGACAAUGAAGUCACACUCUGAGCUUCUUUGUUCUUUGUUUUGGUAACCCAACCGGCAGUGUGUGCACAUUGGAGAAUGUGAAUCCCUUCCUUCACGCCCCACUGACUAGCUCUCUACUGCCGCUCUGCACAGCGCUCAUAUGCAGGUAACCGCCGACAAAACUGUACCAACCCAGUCAGCAACCUCUGGUUCUAAAAAGUGAAGCCAAUGCGGAAGUGUCUUUAAACUUGCAAUCUCUCUACUGGCCAUCAGGGGGGCGGCGACUCCAAUUGCAAAAAUAAUUCUGAUUGUAUAGAAGUCUAUGAGAAAAUGACCUUACUACUCACUUGAUUUAUUCCCUCAGUAGACAUUGUAAACAUGAGUGUAUGGUCUCAAUCUCUAGUUUCAAGUCUUCUUAAAUACAGCAUGAAGUUAAUAAAGUAAUUUGGUCCAUUUAGAGUUGAAUACACCACAAAGCAGAGUAUGCUUUAAAGCGUGCUUACUGUGAUUGACAGUUUGCCACCGCUACCAGAGCCGUAUACGGCGUCUCUACAUCACUCAUCCGCUUUUCAAAUAUGGUAACUUUUAUGGUAAAAAAAACCCAACAUGGCUACGGCCAUAAUCCAAAUUGGGGACAGCGAAAUCACUGAACUCGACGCUUUAAAAUCUCAGUCAACAAACAAAUAGGUUACUUCCCAAUGACUACGUCAUGACUACCCCCACCCACCGUUUCCCUCCACAGGUUAACACUGUUGGCUCCUUCAGCACUGUUGUCGUCGUUAGUGCUGUUACCACCGUUCCAACGCCGCCAUGGCGAAGCGAAACUUUUAAGAAAUGAUACAGCUGGAUCUAACUGACUAAAAAGUGAUAUAGGCGAGGUCUCUUCUCUAUAGGCUAUAAGCUACUGAUAAUAAGCUACUGAUAUUGUAAGGUUUUCAGUUCACCAUAACCUUUUGCUGUAAUCCUGCAGCCUCCAUACAAAUCAACUUCCUCAUUCCUAACUGGGCACAUUGCUCUUAAAAUGAGAAACACUGGCUCACAUAUCGUCCAGAGUACAUCUGCACCUUGAGAUUGGCUCAUUUACACUAUGUCCUUUUUUUAAAAUGUGUCUAUUUAAUAAAGUCAAAUUGCUUACUGCAUUAGUGGUACUACUAUCUGAUUAGGCAUACUUUACAAAGUAUGCUUUAUUAAUGCUUAAUAAAUCAUUCAUUAGAGUUCUAAAGAGCAGCAAUAAGUCGGCAGUAAGAACUAAUUGGUUUGGGUUGUGGUCGUUUUGGCUAAACAACUAACCGUCCUCCCAAAGAAUUUGGGACCUUUUUAUCAAAUUAAUAGCAACUUGGGUUUUAUUUUAUAGCGCUGGCCUUUGGUUCAAUCAGUUUUGAUCAUGUCCCUGUUUAGCCUUUUUUCUUUUAGCAAUAUAACUGUGUUCUGAUAUCCCACCAACUAUUUUGAGCACAAUGUUAUCAUAACCGAUUGAAUCAAAACAAUAGUAGUGUAUCAAAAAAAAUUAAAGAGCUCACUUAGCUGAAGGAGGAUAAAUACAAAGGUUUUUAAUAAUGGCUUACUACUGACACAUUCAUUAUUAAAUAAUUUAUCAACAUUACCAAAGACAUAAAGUUCCAAAUGAUGAUCCCUUUGUGAAGUAUUCCUUAUCAGAAAGUGGAACUGAUAUCAUAAUUAAUUGUGAUAGUCAUGAUAGAUAAUGUUUCUGUGAUAUGAAGGCAGCGUGAGGUGCUUUCCAUAAACAGUGGUGACUGCAUAAAAAACAGUGUUUCAGUCUGCCCUUGUGACCCUUUAGUUUUUUAGCUGGUCGUUGGGGUUGUAUUUUUCAUGCAGGAUUUAAAGACACGUUUUUUUAUAGACGCAAAAUAAAGACGUGAACUUGGUAAACAGUCUACCCAACAGACUGGCUCAGUUUGUGUGUUGGGGAAAUGUUCUGAAAGUAAACCGAUUUCUUGUAUUCACUUUCAAAAACAGUUCUCUUCUGGAGCACCACAGUUGCUGGUUUUGUUUAAAGCUCUGUAUAAUAUUACUAUGAUUACUUUUGGUAUAUGUUAGGGUAUAGUGACUUUAAAGGUGACCUUAAUGUAUUUAAAUUAUUCUAUGUUAUUUAACAUCAAUAUUUUAAUACGUGUCUCAAUAUUGAAUUUAUAGUGAUUUUAUUAAACUUCACCCUAUUUGGUUUCUUCAUAUCCAUUUUUCUCCAUCUUUUACAUUUUCACCUACACUUCAGUUGCAAUGAAUUCAUGGUAUUUGUGUCACAUGAUGCCAGUUAUAAUUUUAGUGUAGAGACUGUUUGAUUUGUAAAAUAGCCAGUGUCAAUUUUGGCAUUUGUUUUUGAUGUAUUAUAGUUUAAGUGGUUUGAUUAGAACAUCUAUUUUCAUCUAUUAAA